CUCUCUGUAUGAAUAGCUGAAGAGGAGGCAUUGCCUGGGAGUCUUCUCCAUUCACUUGCCAGUGAGGGCAGCUUCUCCUCGGCUCUCUUCUUCCUGCAAGCAAACCCAAGAGACAGCUUCUGCCUUUCCUUCUGCCGGAGGGUCAUGGAGAGCAUCCUGGGUUCUCGCACCUUGGGCGAGGAGUCUGUCCAGAUGUGGGAGCUCAACAAGCGCCUAGAGGCCUACCUGGCCCGGGUGAAGUCCCUGGAGGAAGAGAACGGCCUGCUGAAGUCGGAGAUCCAGAACCUGAGGUCAAGUCCCUUGGAGACUUCCUGCUGGAGGGGCCACUACGAGGAAGAGGUGGCCACCAUGAGGGCCGCCUUGGACCAAGCGUUCCGAGAGAAACACGCGGCCGAACUGGCCCGGGAAGCCCUCCAUGACCAGGUCCGGCAGGUCAAGGGCCAGUGCCAAAAAGAGCGGGUGGCCCGGGAAGAGGCUAAGAGGCUCUUGGUGGCCGGCAAGAAGCAACUGGAGGAAGAGCGGAGGGCUGUCCUGUGGCUGCAGAAGAAGGCAACCCAGCUGGAGAAGGAGGCCGAAGGGCUUGUGGAAGUCCACCAGGAGGAGUUAGCUAGGCUGGAGCAGGAGGCGUGUGGUUUCUCCCGCAGCUUGGAGGAAGGCUUCCGUGUGGUGGUCCCACCAGGAUGCUUCCAGCCCCGAGAGGUGGAGGACUAUGCCCAGCAGCUCUCCUCCAUCUGGCAAGGAGCAGUGGAGACCUACAAGCGUGGUGUCUCCCAGGCUGAGGCCUCGCUCGGCCAGGCCAAGGAGGAGCUCCGGAGGGCCACCCAAGGCAACCGAGAGAGUCAACUCCAGCUCCAGCAGCUGGAGGCCGAAUUGACUGACUUGACAGGACGCAAAGAGGCAUUGGAAGAGAGCCUCUCCCAUCAGGGGCAGCUCCUGCAAGGAGAGGCUGAGAAGCUCCAGCUGGCAGUGGAGUCUCUGGAGGAGGAGAAGCACUCUCUGCAGGCUCAGAUCGCCCAGGUCUUGGAGGAGCGGCAACAGCUGAUGCACCUGAAGAUGUCCCUCAGCCUGGAAGUGGCGACCUACAGGACCCUUCUGGAGGCCGAGAGCACCCGGCUGCAGAUGCCAACGACAAUGGACUUCAAGUUGCCUGCUGGCCUCAAAGAUCUGAGAGUGGACGCCAAUGGCAGCAAACUUCAAGUGGGUCGCCUAGGCUCCCGAGACUCCCGGCCAAACCCUGCUGCCUUUCCAAAGGCAAACGCAAAGCCUUGGUCACCUAGGAACAAGAUGGAGACCUCCUUUGUGGCCAGCCCGGCCUCCCUGCUGUCCAAGAGCAGAAGCCCUGUCGCCAGGGAGUUCCAGAAAGCCAACACCGUCCUUCAGUCCCAAUCCACCAAAGGUUUCAACGUGGCACUGAACGCUCAGGAGGAGGCUCCAACCUUUGUGGACACACCUGCUUUUAAGCUUGGUGCAUCUCAACAAAGCCAGGUGAUCACGGCAACACGGAUCGAAAGUGUUUCCCAGUCCUUCUUCCAUGAAUCCUCCUCGGCGUUUGACUCCAUCAGUCCCAACAUUCCAUAUGCUUUGGAAGAACCUGGUUCCGGCAUCAAAAAAGGAGAAGGUGGAGAGGAAAUGGCUUCCUAUGUGGAGAUGAAGGAGAAGGAAGGCAUUGUUGAAGAGGUGGAGAAAGAGGACGAGAAGCAGCCCAGCGAUGAACCUCCAGGAAAGGCCUUCAGCCAGAAUGUGCUGGUCACUGAAACAUCAGAAAUUGCAAUGAAAGAUGUGAACGUGGGAGAACUUCUUCUGGAACCAAGCUUGGUCAGCACAACAGGGACACAAAAUGGCUUUCUGUCCGUUGACUCUUCUCCCACGGAAGAAGAAAACGAUGUAGCUCUUGUUCCAAACAGGGAAGAUGUUGAUGCCAUGGAGAAGCUGCACAAAGACUGGACAGGAGAUGGACAGGAAGACAUUGAAGGCUUUGAAGCCUCUGCUGAGACAAAUGGCGGUCAAGACGUUGAUGCCAUGGAGAAGCUGCACAAAGACUGGAUAGGAGAUGGACAGGAAGACAUUGAAGGCUUUGAAGCUUCUGCUGAGACCAAUGGCGGUCAAGUGGUCCAUGAUGAGCAUCAAGACAAGGAGGGAGAGUUGUCCCAGAAGACUGGAUUGUUUGAGGAAGAAGGAAUCGGAGAACAAAGUGCGUCUGAUGCUCCUGUUGGAGAAAUGACGACUGACAAAGACAUCAGAUUUCUAGAGAAGGAUGAGGGUGAUGAUGAAGAGCAUCUUACCAUCAUCCAGGCAGAUGAACCUCAAGAGGUUUCUGAAUGCACACCACCAGCAAUUCCUUUGGGGAAAGAGGUCCCUGCUAAGGAGAGCACUGAACCUUUCACCUGCCACUGCGAUGAUCCUUUGGGUGCCAUUGAAGGGUCCUUGGAAGAGAUGGAAGGAGGGACGGAAGACCUCGAGGUGGUGAGUACUGAAGCCCUUCACCUCUCGGAGGAUGAGGAGAGGAGGGAACUCUGGAGCCCAUCUAGGGAGAAUGAAGAGGAUGACCUGCAAGGAGAGAUGCUAGGAAGUGAGUUUCAGGAGGUAGAAGCAGAAGUUGCUGCUGAGGACUUCUCUCUCCUGAGUUCCACAGCUUUGCCUCCAGAAGAACAUCAAGAGGAGCAGGAACCACUUGAGGAACCCAAAGUAUCACUUUGCCAGACUGAUUCUGCCAUGCUGAAGGAAGUCGCCAUCUUGGAUGUGGAAGACUUUAAUGCAGAAGAGAUAGCCUCAGAGGGUGAGGAUUUUCCAAGAAAAGAUGAAAACGCCUUGCUAAAGGUUAUGGACAGCAAGGGAGUUGAGGAAGAGGAGGUUGGUCCCGAGGGAGAGGAUGUUUCCAGGCACAGAGAUCUUUGUGAAGAAGAGAAUGACAUAGGAAACAAAGAAAAGGAAGUCUUCUCAGACAUGGGAGCAGUUGGCUUCCAAGAUGAUACCUCUGAGUCAAAGGCCACCUUGCAGUAUGAGGAGGUAAAGCAUGUUCUGGAACAAGAGAUCUUCACAGGAGAACAAACAGAAGGAGCCGAGGAGGACGUUCCUCAGGAACUACAGAUGAAGGAGAAGAUGGAAAAGACGAUGGAAGAAGAGGGGACUUUUUCCUCUUCUCUUGAGACUGAUAGUCAUAUCCUGGAAGGAGCGGAAUUGCAAAGAGGUGCAGAAGUAACAGAAGCCAAGUGUGACGAGGCUGCAGACACUUUGGAGAUGGACGUUCCUCAGGAGCUGCGGAUGGAGGAGAAGAUGGAGGAAGAGGAGGCUUCUUCCUCUUCUCUAGAAGCUGAUAGUCAUAUCCUGGAAGGAGUGAACUUGCAAAGAGGUGCAGAAAUAACAGAGGCCGAGAGUAAGGAGGCUUCAGGCACUUUGGAGAAGGACAUUCCUCAAGAGCUGCGGAUGGAGGAGAAGAUGGAGGAAGAAGAGGCUUCAUCCUCUUCUCUUGAGGCUGAUAGUCAUAUCCUGGAAGGAGCAGAAUUAAAAAGAGGUGAAGUAACAGAGGGCAAGAGUAAGGAGGCUGCAGGCACUUUGGAGAUGGACGUUCCUCAGGAGCUGCGGAUGGAGGAGAAGAUGGAGGAAGAAGAGGCUUCAUCCUCUUUUGAGGCUGAUAGUCAUAUCCUGGAAGGAGUGAAAGUGCAAAAAGAUGUAGAAGUAACAGAGGCCGAGAGUGAGGAGGCUGCAGGCACUUUGGAGAUGAACGUUCCUCAGAAGCUGCAGGUGGAGAAGAUGGAGGAAGAGGAGGCUUUUUCCUCUACUCUUGAGACUGAUGGUCAUAUCCUGGAAGGAGCUGAAUUGCAAAGAGGUCCAGAAGUAACAGAGGCCGAGAGUGAGGAGGCUGCAGGCACUUUGGAGAUAGAUGUUCCUCAGAAGCUGCAGAUGGAGAAGAUGGAGGAAGAGGAGGCUUCUUCCUCUACUCUUGAGGCUGAUGGUCAUAUCCUGGAAGGAGCUGAAUUGCAAAGAGGUGCAGAAGUAACAGAGGCCGAGAGUGAGGAGGUUGCAGGCACUUUGGAGAUGGAAGAAAUAACAGGUCACAUCAGUCCCCAUAACCUGGAGGAAUUGGGCAAAGACUCUGAAGAGGGCUCUGAAGCUCAGCAGGUGAAGUCUGAAGCACGAGGGGCUGAAGAUGAGCAGCAGGUUGUCUUUGGGGAAGAAGAAGAAGCCACCCAAAGCCAGGAGGCAACCAUUCUUGAGCCAAGUGCCAUUCCUAAUGCCACCUGGGAGGCAGAGGUUCCCUUAGAAGUACAGAAUGACUCUCUCCAUGGUCCCGAAGUCACAAGCUACGUUGACACAAGUGACUUUCAGCCACAGAAUGACUCUUUGGAGUCAGAGGAAUCCCUUGAAUCUUCUGAUACCUCCCCAAAUGCCACCCAUGAAGGAGAUGGGAUCAAAAAGGAGCUGGAAAAUGGUCGGCAGAUUAUGCUGGAGGAAACAUUGCCCGAUCAUACCCCAUUGCGUCUCUAUGAGGAGGAGAUGUUGUCAAUCUCUAGGGAAUCCCAGCCACUUUCAGAGGGUAAAGCGACUGCUGAGCCAUCUCCUGUGACCAGAGAUGGCACUGCACUCUUGAAAGAGGAGAACCAGCAAGUGUUGGAGGAAGAAGAGAGUCCAAGCAGCCCCCCACCAGAAGGAAAUGACAAAGAACAGGAAGCAAUCGAGGACAAAGACAGAGACCACAUGGAGCCAGAUGCUGAUGAGUCAGAGAAGGCUCCAUCUGCCAAAGGUUCAGAAGGAGCCAAGAUGGAAACAUCAGAAGUUCUCCAACAGGACCAAUUCCCACAUUCAGCAACACUUGAACUGUCAGGAAUGGAAGAGGGUGUUGUACAUGAUCCUGAACACUUGGAGGUGAGAUCUGAGAAACAGUCUGAGGAGAGAAGCCCCCAACAAGAGCUUGUAGAGCAGACCGCCGAGGAAGAAACCGGAGAAGAUUUUGCUUGGGAGCCUGAGAAAGAUAGUGUUUUCCAAGCAGAUCUCGUUGAUCCUGAUCGUUCUGAGGGAAUCAUCCCUGUGGACGAUGACAGCUCAAUGGAAAUGAGUGACCAAGAGAAUAUGGACACUCAAAGGACCCAUAAGGAUUCUCCUCUGACCAGCGUGGCUGACUUGGGGGAGAUUGUGCUGGAAGAAGAACUACCAGGUGGCCAGGACAAGGAAGCCGAAUCCAAAGAUCUGGGAUGUGCUGAGAUGGUGCCAGAUAACCAUGAAUCCCACCAGAUCGUUGAGCGAGAGAGUCUUGGAAUGGAAGACCAUGCUCAAGAGGAAUACCUUGAUGAGGUCAAUCCACUGGCUGAGGGAGUCCCACAUCGGUCACUGGAAGCAGCUGUGGGCAUCUCAGUAGAUGACAUGAAGGACUCUGACAUCAUGGAGAUUGUGGAGCAAGCCCACAAUCUGAAAGACUUGGACAUCCUGGAGAUUGUGGAGCAAGCCCUGGAGUUCAACCAAGAGCGGAUCAAAGCUGAGCAGAGUGCUGAAGCUGGGCCACUAUUCAUGGAAGGAGAUGCACACUCCUUCUCUGCUUCUGUCACAUCGAAGGUACAGAUCGUGACAGAAUCAGAGAUCCCCUCUGACAAAACCAAAGACCCAGUAGAAUCCACUCAUUUGUGGUCUGAAAGCAACACAAAUGGGUUGCAGGAAGAGCCCAACUUUGUGAAUUUCCCUGAGGAGAUCCUCAAUGGUCUUCCCAACAGCAUGGAGGACAAUGUUAGCACUUCUGGAGAAGAACGGGGCAAGAAGGUCACAAUCCAAGAAGAAUUUACUAGAGAGGACACAGAGGAUGACCUCCUCAAGGUGGAGACAGUAAGCCACAGCCCACCAUCCAUUGAGGAGCUACAGAGAGCUGGAGAUGUUGGCUCUCAAAUCCAUGAGAAAGCUUUUCUGGACCACCAAGGCCGGGAGGAUAUGGACGGCCCCCAGAGCAUCUUUGCUGAAAUCCUACAGACUGCUCGAGGGAAGGAGAGGGAGCUGGAGGGGGAAAACCCCAUUGGCCCAAGCUUUGGAGGUGACCUUCUCCACCUGCAGCCCAGCCAACGCCUGACGUUCCGCCCAGAAGAAGAAGAAGAGCCCUGGUCUUCAGAAGGCAACUGAGAUACCGCCUGACCACUGGUCAACAGGGACAUUUUUUUUCCAUCCCAAAUUUCCUCUCUCCCAACUUUUGUUUCUAGCUUUCCUUCCAUUUGGGAAUUCGUAAGAGACAAUCCAAAGCUUUGAUUACGUAUGGAGUAUUUACCCCUAUAACACUUGAUAUUCUAUGGUAGCUUUUCAAGAAAAUGCCUGUUUGUUGAAAGGAACCUUGUAGGUUAUAGCAGGUCUUUCUCUGUGGGCAUCUAUCUUCUCUUUACACCGAGAUGCAUUACCUCCUUUGCUGGCUGUGUCCAUGGAGAGAUCUAUGGCUUAGUGGCCUUCAGCUUGCACCCACCCAGUGGCCUUUUGACAUAGAUAUGCUCUUACCCCUCUUACCGUAUAAUUAAAGUGUUCAAUUAGGGAGGAGGUUCUGUUCCAAAGUCCAAAACGGGGGAGUUCCAUACAACCUUUUAUCCUUUGUGUUGAUGCUGGGUUGCAAGAGACGAUCGUAGUCAAGGUGGAUUGUUGUCUCUUCUCUGGAGCAUCUUCCAUUUCAUUAUGGCAGUGUUUCUCAAUCUGGAGGUCGGGACCCCUGGGAGGGUUGUGAAGGGGUUUCAAAGGGGUCACCAAACACCACCAGAAAACAUAUAUUUCUGAUGGUCUUAGGAACCCCUUUGGCAGAGAAGGCGGAAGAUCUCUCCACUUGUCCUUUUCUUCCUUUUUGGAAACAGAUUGCGGAAACCUCCCACCAAAAGCCCUCCUCCUGUUGUGAUUGGUCAGCCAAGGGGAGGGCUGUUUUUGAGACUCCCAAGUGGGGAGGAGAGAGCAGGUGUGUUCAGCACAUGGCAGCAUGGUGCGCAUGUGCGGGCGAGGGAGAGCGCGUGAGGCUGGAGGAAGUCCCUUCAAGGCAUGGGGGUUCUGUGUGGGAAGUUUGACCCAAUUCUAUCAUUGGUGGGGUUCUGAAUUCUCUUUGAUUGUAGGUGAACUAGAAAUCCCUGCAACUACAAAUCCCAAAUAUCAAGGUCUAUUUCCCCCAAACUCCACCAAUGUUCACAAUUGGGUAUAUUGAGUAUUCGUGCCAAAUUUGGUCCAGAUCUAUCACUGUUUGAGUCCACAGUGCUCUCUGGAUGUAGGUGAACUACAACUCCAAAACUCAAGGUCAGUGUGUUGAGAUUAAUUUCACAAUUCAGCAGCAGAUCAGUUGCACAACUUCAGCGCUUCCCAGUAGCUUCUUCCUGCACAAUAUUUUCACAACUGCUCCCACAGCCUGCAGUCACUCUGGAACCUUUUACAGACACUUGAGCACAUGCCCGGCCAUUGUCAGUUUUACCAUUGUCUUUCCCCCAGUCUAGAUGAUAUUACAAACUUACCACAGCA